GGUAAUCGAAGUCGACGCAGAUGCGCCACCGAUUGUUCGUGAGUCAGUGAAGGUGUCUCCGGGAUUCCGUGUCUUCCUAUCCGAAGCCUCUGGGAAUCGGCAUGGUCUAUUCGUGUUGCCUUGACACUGAUGCUCAUUGCAUUCUGAAUUCAGCUGCUGACACAGGGACCCGUGCACAGCGAUAUGGCACAACAGGGUCUUUGUGAAUGGAGAUGCUUUCUGACGUAUUUCGUUGUGAAAUUGUCACAGUAGCGCACGUCGCACUUCUCGCGAAGUCUCGGGCGAGCUUAGCAAAGGCGCGAGGUUAUCCGGGUCAACUGUUGCGGAGCUACAUCUCCGAUUAGGAACUCGGGUGAGACGCUGCAUUGAACGAUGCCUCAUCUACAAGGCGAACAGCAUGGCAGCCUGAGAGGUACAUAUCGUUCGAUGACUCCUUGGGUUUCUCAGAACGGUUGCGUGAAGGCUGCAUGCAAGAGGUGCCGUGUUCACGCCAGUGGUUGCUAUGUCGCCCAACGACGCCCAACGGAGAUGUGGCGGAAGUAAGCGUAAU